GACUUCAGCUAAAAUGAUGUAAAGUACAGUUAGGGGUUGUUGGUGUUGAGUGGCAUUCAGUAGCAAAUUUCAAUGGCUUCCACAUACCCAAGUUGCCAUUUCAAUUCUUCUUCUUCAUCAAUACCCAAUUCAUCCUCAACCGCUCGCUUUACCUUAUCCUUUUCUCCUUCCAUCCUUAACUGUAGUUCUACUUUCAGUGGAAAUUCACUCACCAAAGGUAAUUGUUUUACCUCUAGACUACGUGCUAAGUUUGACAAAUUCGAAGGGGACCCUGCUCAGGAAAAUCUUGAAGAUACAACUCCUUCAUCUACUCAAUCAGUUCAAGAAGAAGUGGAAGAAGAAGAUGACAGUUGCUUGCCUGCUGACUUGGAAGGGGCAGUCCGACAGUCAAGUGAAGCAAGUGCAUUAUUUGUGUCUUCAGGAGGAACGAGAGCCAUAGUCGAACUCCUGAUCCCCCAGCUGCAGUUUCUAGAUGAUGAAGGCGCACAAGCUGAGCUCUGGGAGCUUUCUAGAAUAUUCUUGGAUACACUUAUUAAAGAAACUGGAUGUCAGAAAGUCAAAGCCGUAUUUCCAGAUGCUGGUGCUGCUGCACUUCUAAAAUAUACAUGGAAAGAUGCUACUUUUGGAUUCUCCAGCUUAAGUGACCGGAAGCCUGUUGAGAAAGAAGACGAAAUUGUGGUUAUGGUUGUUCCUGAUUAUCAGAUGCUGGGAUAUGUAGAGAAAAUUGCUUCUGAUCUUUCAGAUGAUCCGCCAAGGCCACUCAUAAUGUGGAAUCCACGUCUCAUCAGUGAGGAUGUUGGAGUUGGGUUCAAUGUUCGAAAGUUAAGGCGUUACUUUCUUAGCACCUUCACAACAGUCUACUCAAUGAGGCCUAUGGCAGCUGGUGCAGUGUUUAGGUGUUAUCCAGGAUUGUGGAAGGUGUUCUAUGAUGAUAAGGAUAGACCAAACAGAUAUCUUCUUGCCGAAGAACUUGUUAGACGUCCAGAUGCCGAAGACCUUGAGCUGAUAUUUGGAGAUGUAAAAGAAAAUUCAGAGCAGGGUCCAUCUCUUUUUGAUAGAGCCGCAGGCAUCUUCUCUUCAGUAAAUCGAUUCAUGAGGGUCAUUUCCAAAUAAGCUUUUUAAGACUUCUUUGCCGUGUCAAUAAUAUAUGUAUUUUGCCACAAUGUUUUCUCUCUCUACAUUUUCAUCUGUACUGAGUAAGAUGUAACGUAUCUAACAUUGUAUUGCCAAUACAAGAUAAUGUUUGUUUCACAA